AUGGCAUCAUUAGAUGUGACAUCGUUGUUCACAUGUGUUCCUUUGUGGGAUACAAUAAACUAUUUAUGUGACUGCAUUAUGGUCAACGAGAUAAACAUCGGUAUUCCACUGGCUAGCUUGAAGGAGUUACUACUACACUGUACCUUCAAUUUUCAGUUUAGCUUCAACGGAGAAUUGUACAGACAAACGGACGGAGUUGCAAUGGGAUCACCUCUGGGCCCACUUUUGGCUGACAUUUUCGUCGCAAAAUUGGAAAACCAAGAACUUCAAGAUACCAUAGAAGGUUUACCAUUCUAUUGCCGUUACGCUGACGAUAUUUUCAUAUUAGUUGACGAUAAUAUACCGUUGUAA